CUUGAGGACAAGAGCUGCAGUAAUUAAGUCGUGUGAGUCUUCACACAGCUCUAACUUCUGAUGCUUGUGCAUACUCUGAACUUCUUCAGGAGUGCUGCUGUAAAAGAAAACCAGAGUAUACCCUAUUUUAAUCUUGUGAAGAAUUUAACAUCUGCCUUUCCAAAUGUGCAUAGUAUAUCACAGUUUCAUCAGAAGGCACCAGCUGUGUGCUGUUGUAGUAAAGCACAGAGUGGUCAGAAAUAUGCUGAUCCCUUUAAGCUUGGUUGGAGAGACUUGAAAGGUCUGUAUGAAGACAUUAGAAAGGAACUGUUCAUAUCUACAACAGACCUUAAGGAAAUGGCUGAGUACUAUUUUGAUGGAAAAGGAAAAGCCUUACGACCAAUUAUUGUGGUGCUCAUGGCCCGCGCAUGUAAUAUUCAUUAUAAUAACUCCCGGGAUAUGCAAGCCAGCCAGCGCUCUGUAGCCUUGGUUGCAGAAAUGAUCCACACUGCUAGUCUGGUUCAUGAUGACGUUAUUGAUGAUGCCAGUUCUCGGAGAGGAAAACAUACAGCUAACAAGCUCUGGGGUGAAAAGAAGGCUGUUCUUGCUGGAGAUUUAAUUCUUUCUGCAGCAUCUAUGCUUCUGGCACGGAUUGGAAACAUAGCUGUUACAACUAUUUUAUCCCAAGUUAUUGAAGAUUUGGUGCGUGGUGAAUUUCUUCAGCUAGGAUCAAAAGAAAAUGAGAAUGAAAGAAUUGCUCACUACCUUGAAAAGACCUUCAACAAGACUGCAAGUCUCAUAGCCAACAGUUGUAAAGCAGUAUCUGUUCUAGGUUGCCCUGACCCAGUGGUUCAUGAAAUUGCCUAUCAAUAUGGAAAAAAUGUGGGAAUAGCUUUCCAGCUCAUAGAUGAUGUACUGGACUUCACCUCGUGUUCUGACCAGAUGGGCAAACCAACAUCUGCGGAUCUGAAGCUCGGGUUAGCCACUGGCCCUGUCUUGUUUGCUUGUCAGCAGUUCCCAGAAAUGAACGCUAUGAUAAUGCGACGGUUCAGCUUGCCAGGGGAUGUGGACAGAGCUCGACAGUAUGUGUCAGAGAGUGAUGGUGUGCAACAAACAACCUACCUCGCCCAGCAGUACUGCCAUGAAGCAGUAAGACAGAUCAGUAAACUUCGGCCAUCUCCAGAAAGAGAUGCCCUCAUUCAGCUUUCAGAGAUUGUGCUCACCAGAGAUAAAUGACAGCUCUUCCUGUUCUUUCUGGCAGCUAUACCAGACUGUGCCUAGAGAAUUUUGGGAAACUGCUCCAUGUGCGGAUAACCAAAAAUAAUUUUAAGAAUAAUUUCAAUUUUAUUGAUGGUCAGUUUUUUUAUUGGCAAAAAGGUUUUCUAGGUGUAAUUAAGCCCCUGUCAUUCAUUAUAUUCCUAUAAAUUUUAAUCAAAGUAUCCUUGUGGUUAUAUGUGGUAUUGUUUACAGUGUUACC